UAGUAAUCUGUUACUGCAGGACGUUAUUUACAUCAAGUCUCUUCGCAACAUGAACAUGGAUGAAGAUAACCGAGUGCCUGAAGAUCUUUCACUUGAAGAGAGAGAUGAACUGUCCAACAUUAGACGGAGGAAAAAGGAGUUGCUAGAUGACAUUGAGAGGUUAAAGUUUGAGAUCUCAGAAGUCAUGACAGAGAUUGAGAAUUUAACAUGUGUCAGGGAGACCAAAAGCACUCAGAGGAACAAGCAGAUUGCUGUUGGAAGAAAGAAAUUCAAUAUGGAUCCUAAAAAGGGAAUCCAAUUUCUUUUGGAGAAUGAUCUUCUGCAACACACACCUGGGGACAUCGCUCAGUUCCUCUAUAAAGGCGAAGGCUUAAACAAAACUGUCAUAGGAGAUUAUUUAGGGGAACGAGAUGACUUCAACAUUAAGGUUUUGCAGGCGUUUGUGGAGCUUCAUGAGUUUGCUGACCUCAACCUGGUGCAAGCAUUGAGGCAGUUUUUGUGGAGUUUCAGACUUCCCGGUGAAGCACAGAAGAUAGACCGAAUGAUGGAGGCCUUUGCUGCUCGAUAUUGCCAGUGUAACCCAGGUGUCUUUCAGUCCACAGACACUUGCUACGUUCUAUCGUUCUCCGUCAUCAUGCUCAACACCAGCCUCCACAACCCUAAUGUCAGAGACAAGCCCACAGUGGAAAGGUUCAUCCUCAUGAAUCGGGGCAUCAACGAGGGAGGAGAUCUGCCCGAGGAGCUGCUCAGAAAUUUAUAUGAAAGCAUUAAGAAUGAGCCUUUCAAAAUUCCCGAAGAUGAUGGGAAUGAUCUAACUCAUACAUUCUUUAAUCCAGACAGAGAGGGAUGGUUGCUAAAACUUGGGGGAAGAGUGAAGACCUGGAAGAGGAGGUGGUUCAUUUUGACAGAUAACUGUCUAUAUUACUUUGAAUAUACAACAGACAAAGAGCCUCGGGGGAUCAUUCCACUGGAGAAUCUUAGUAUAAGAGAGGUGGAGGAACCAAGAAAACCAAAUUGCUUUGAGCUUUACAAUUCCAGUCAUAAGGGGCAAGUAAUUAAGGCAUGCAAGACGGAGGCUGACGGGAAGGUGGUGGAGGGGAAUCACGUUGUCUACAGAAUAUCCGCACCCACGCCGGAAGAGAAGGAAGAGUGGAUCAAAUCCAUCAAGGCAAGCAUUAGCAGGGAUCCUUUCUACGACAUGCUGGCUACUAGAAAACGGCGAGUGGCUGCUAAAAAGUGAGCCGUGGACCUAACGUCGUGGUUUUAAGGAUCACUCUUUAAAUGUAAACCUUCACAUGGGGUCCUGCAUCCUUCAGAAGGUGACAAAUAGUCAGAGGCAAGAGCUCUCUGAGGAUAAAGAAGGACAAGAUUUUAAAAAUGUUGGUGUCUGUAAAGGUCAUGUGCUAAUCUAAAGGGUAUGUAUGUACUUAAUGUUUAUCUCCAAAUGAAUUGUAUUGAGAGUGCAAUGAUGGUAAUGGAUGCAAUUAUAUGCUGAAUUUGUGUUUGUCCAAAAGAACUUUAAGAGACUGACUUUGCCACAAUA